AUGAUGGGGUCAAUCGUAAGGGCACUUGAUUGGGAUGAUGUAUAUGAGCAGCAAUUUAUAGCGGUGAUGCCGCUGGGUACAGAGGUGAUCUUAUACCAGACAAACCACGAGGAUCCUGGCAUUGAGUCAAACUCAAUGAUACAGCUUCGGUCAAGAAAGGGAUUUGAAAACAUACUGUGCUUGUCGUAUUUGAAUUCUACACCGGGGAUAAUUGGGGUAGGAUCAAUGGGGGGAACAGUAUCUGUAUUUGAUAUAAAUUCACCAGGCAUGGUUACUUUGAAUCUACGACCAAAGCAAAAUCGGCCAUGUAAUGCAAUAUCUUUCAAUAGGUCAAAUUUGGUUGUGGCAGGGUUUGAUAAGGGGAGACAGGAUAACUCAUUGCAAUUUUGGGAUAUUGAAAACUGCUUCAAGAAUCCAUCAUCAUCGUCAUCAACAUCAACCACCGAUAGUAAUUCACACCAAAAAAAACCAACAGGUUCCUAUUUGCCUAAUGAGGCUGUAUUGUCUAUGACGUUUCUUCCAGACAAGGAAACAAACAUAUUAUGUGGAUCAUACAAAUUUUUACGACAAGUUGACUUGAGAGCUGAUCAGCCAAUUUUUCAAAUGGCAACUAAAUAUACGUUGGGACUAAUGGUAGAUCCAUUACAGCCUCAUUAUUUCCAAUCCUAUAGUGAAGAUGGGUCUUUAGCAAUUUGGGACCACAGGAAACUAACAGGUAACCAGAGAAUGAACGUUACUGCAUCAUCUGGGAAUAGUGCGGUAAUUACAGAGACACCUGUUUUGCAAUUCAACAAGUUGCUUAAUGAUUCGGCUGCUCGGAAGAUUCAAAAUCCUUGCGUUCGCUAUUCUUCCAUAAGAAAAGGUGAGUUUGCUGCGAUUUUUAAUGGUGAUUUGAUUAGAAGAUGGCACACGAGCAUCGUACCAGCGAGCGAUAAUACCCCAUCAGACUACAACAACAAGGCAGUUGAGGACUCAGUUCUUUAUAAUUUGAAACAACAAUCUUGCCAACUAUAUCAAAGCAAUGAGGACUCUGUUUUUGUGUCCAUGGUUCUCGAUAAUAAGACAGAUUACGAGAAAGUAGUUUCGUUUGAUUAUUCUCCAGACAUCACAUCUCACACUUCGACAAACUUUGUGUGCAUGAGGCAGUCAGGAACUGUCUUUAGAAUGCCAGUUGUCGAGUCGGUUGAAGGAUUUAGUUUUAAUCCUUUGAAUGAGUUUUCCAUUGCAGGUCCUGAAGGAACCCUGACCAAUUACAUAUUAGAAACCAAUGAUAAUACUACUACUACUAUGCACGAAAAUAAUGGAAACUCCUUAUCCAAAUUAUCUCUACAGGAGAAAUUAAGGAGAAGACGAAAAACUAACCACAAUAUACGACCUGGUGUGUCAGCAACAGUUAAUGACGAGUUGAGCGUGAUGGAGGAGGAUGGAGAAGAAGAAGAAGAAGAAGAAGAUGAUGAUGAGGAGGAGGAGGAAGAAGAAGAAGAAGAAGAAGAAGAGAUAUUGCGCAAUCGCGGAUUUUCAAACGAUGAAGCAUUCAAUGAUUCUGCAUUUGGUAAACUUCUAGAUCCAAAUGAUGUAAUAAGGAACGAUAUUUGUGUUACCAUUAGAAAGCGAGUUAUGAUGAAUUAUGGCGUUGAUCCCGAUACUAAUUUCAAAGUGUUGGAAGAUUUGGAUCCGAAUGAUAAUCAAUUGGCAUUGCGGAACACUUGGAAAUGGCUUAGCUUGGCCAAAAAGGCUUUGGAGAAAGGAACUAUGAUAUCAGAUGGUAUCGAUUUGGGGUAUCAGGGCGUUCAAGGUAUAUGGAAUGGCGCACAAGCUUUGAACGAUCAAAACAGGGCUAUAUCGGUCUCGGAAACAAUUACAGAGACAUGGUAUGUCCAAGCAAUAAAGUCGAUAAUUGCAGCUAAAGGCAAAAAGUUUUUGGGUAUUAGCAUACCAGCUGAUAGCGAAAAGAAGGCGCAACGAAAACUCUGCUUGAUUGUAUCUGGUUGGUACUUGACAGAAACAGAAUUUGAAGAUAAGCUUCAAUUAUUGAUAUCGAUGGGUCACACUUCCAAGGCGGCUGGUUGGGCGGUUUUUCAUGGCAAGGUGCCUAAAGCGAUUGAGAUAUUAGCUAACUCAAAGAAAGAGAAGCAACGAUUAAUGGCUACUGCUGUAGCGGGCUAUCUUGCCUAUAAAGGGUCACAUGUUAACAGUCCAUGGAAAGACCAGUGUAGGAAAAUGGCAUCGGAAUUAAGCGAUCCUUAUUUGCGAGCAAUAUUUGCAUUUAUAGCUGAUGAUGAUUGGUGGGAUGUCUUGGAUGAGCACUCUUUGCCCUUGAGAGAGCGAGUUGGUGUUGCCAUUCGGUUUUUGUCUGAUCGCGAUUUAACUGUUUACCUCAACAGAAUAGCUGAUACAAUGGUGAGCAAGGGAGAAAUCGAAGGCUUGAUUCUCACUGGGAUUACACCGAGGGGUAUUGAUUUAUUUCAAAACUAUGUUGAUAGAACUAGCGAUGUGCAAACGGUUGCAUUGAUGUCGGUUUUUGCUUGUCCCAGGUACUUCACAGACGACCGAGUCAAACAUUGGGUAGAUUUCUAUCGCAAUAUGUUGAACAGGUGGGGAUUGUUUAAUAAGAGAGCUCAAUUUGAUGUUGCUCGUACCAAGCUCUCUAAAACUUUCAAUGGACUGAUAACUAUCAAGGCUACACCCAAGCAAUUUUACUUACAGUGCAAUCGAUGCAAUAAGAAUAUAUCCAAGCCAAAAGCAUCAUCAUCAUCAUCAUCAGCACAAGCUGGAUUCAACCAAGUAUUAAUGAAGCAAUUUUCAAAGUCGACCGGGAAAAAAAACACACUAUUAAAUGCGUGUCCCCAUUGCGGUGGACCUUUGCCAAGAUGUUCCAUAUGCUUGAUGUCGUUAGAUGUGAUUAAGGAUAUUAAGGGUAAAAUUGAAAUAGAGCAGAAUAUUAUCCAAGGGUAUCAGGAUGUAAAGAAAAACUCAACAAAUACCGAAGUCAUCCAGAAAUGUAAGUCCAAAAUCAUUGAGUCACAAACUUUGAUUGAUUAUUACCUGGAAUCGUUGAAUAAAUUAACAAGACAGAUGCAAAGGUUGAACACUGUAGAUGGCACAAGUUCAUUUGGUGGAGGGGGUGGCGAUAGGAGCUCGACAAUCUCCGAGCAUAAACCGUCCUACUCAAGACUUGAUCUUAUCAAGUAUGAGUGUCCUUCAUUGGGUCAUAAGAUACAGCAUAUGAUUCAGCAAUUGCAGUUCAAAUUGCAGGUGGAAAACCAGUACCGCGAAGCCAAUAUGAAGAUCUCGCAUCUUUACUUGAUGGACGGGGACAAGUCCUCAAGCAAUGCUGCCGAAGGCGGACGCGCCGAAAGUGACCAAAGAAUCCAGCUAUUGGAAAAGGCAUUGAAGAAAUACCAGAACUUCAACAUCAAUUCGGAGGAUUUCAAUAGAGAUUUUGAAAUAAUAGAUACUCCUAAACAUGCAAGAAAACCAUUAAGUGGUAAGCUUACAGUUUGUAUAACGUGUGUUAGAGAUGUUGAUCAUAUGGCCACCGCAGCGUUUAAAAAGCGAGAAACUAUUGUUAUAAUUAAAAUCGAUGACGUUGAGAAGGCGCGUACAAAACCUUCAAAGAAUGAUAACUGGACUGAGGAAAUAAUUAUCAAUGUUGAAAAAGGUCAUGAAAUCGAGUUGGCUGUAAUGGACAAACUGGGAGGUAACUAUGCGCCCAUAGCCGUGAAUUGGCUUUCCUUGUUUGAUUUAGCCGAAGAAAUCCGUAAGAAAAAAGUUGCAAAGGAUCAAGGAGUUAAUGGGUGGUUGCCAGCAUCUAACUUGCCAAAGACGCAUGGUGGCUCCAACAACAACAACAACAACAACAACAACAACAACCGUAAUGGCGCCCCCUCAAGGGGGGGAGGAUUAGGUAGCAGCUAUGGCUCUACAUUACCUCUUCCUUCUCAACACGAUAUCACUCCCUUGAAAUCGCCAGUUAAAGCAGACACUGAGGCCAAUGAUAAUCAGAAAAUACUGAUAAACACAUGGCUAAGUUUGGAGCCUUGCGGGCAAAUGAUGAUUAACUUGAACUUUGAAAAGGCAAUCACGCAGGGGAAAAAGUUUACCGGGCCCCUUGGUCGUCAUGGUGCUAUUCGUCAAAAGAAGGAGGAAGUCUUUGAACAACAGGGUCACCAGUUUGUGCAAAAACAGUUUUAUAACAUUAUGUGCUGUGCCCUUUGUGGGGAAUUUUUGCGUUAUACGGGGUUCCAAUGCCAGGAUUGUAAAUUUUUGUGUCAUCGAAAGUGUUACCAAAAAGUUGUCACCAAGUGUAUUUCUAAGUCUAGUGCAGACUUUGAUGCCGCGCAGUUGAAACAUCGUAUUCCACAUAGAUUUGAGUCCGUAACAAACCGUGGUACCAAAUGGUGUUGCCAUUGUGGAUAUCUUUUACCUUGGGGGAAAAAGAAUGUCAGAAAAUGUUUGGAGUGUGGUGUUAUGUGCCAUGCCCAAUGUACCCAUUUGGUCCCAGAUUUGUGCGGCAUGUCGUUACAAAUGGCUAAUGAAAUCUUGGCAACAAUCAAAUCAACCAAGAUAUCACCAAAGAAAGCCAAAACUAUCACACAGGAAAGAAAUUUCUUACACAAUAACAAUAAGCAGGCUUCCCCUUACACUCGUACUCGUGUUCAGGAGGAAGAGCAACAUCAGACUUUGAAACCUUUACCUCCAAAACCACCCAUAUUGAGUAAACCAUCAAUGGAGUCGUCUGAAACGUUGCGUUAUUUAACAGACGAAGAACAUGAAAAGGAGUAUUAUGAGCAUAAGUUACCGACCUCGAAUCGAAAAAUAGAUCAAGAACCUCUAGAAUCAGCAACGGUUCGGGCAGGUAGAAGGCGCCCACCCUCUGAGGAGCCAAGAUUUGAAACCCUUGCACCUGAAAGAGAAACUCUUGUUAGUUCAGAUUACUACUUGAAGGAGCAAAGGGAACCACCACAUAUGGACGCAACGUAUGGUCACCUUGACGAAGCUCGUUUGAUGAAAGAACGUAUGGCAAAAGGCAGUAAAAGUGGACCAACUACUGAGGAUAAAGUUGGUACAACUCCAGAAACAAUCAAUAAAGAACCUUUAGGGAAUAAAAAUGAUGAUUUCAACGAUUUUGAUUACAAUAAUGAUCAGAUGCAAACUCAAAUCAUGAAAGUAGAAAAUAAGAGGGAGGAGCAACUUGUGAAUCCGUUUGCAAACCAACCAAGUCCAGUAGAAGCAGAAAAUAAACAGCAGCAACAACAACAACAACAACAACAACAACAACAACAACAACAACAACAGCGUCAUCAUCACAGUCAGCAUCAACAUGAUCGUUCUACUGCAACAACCAAAUCCGUCAAGUCUAAGCGCCGUAGAAGAAAAGUUGGAUUAGAUGAUUUCCAAUUCUUGGCUGUGUUAGGUAAAGGAAAUUUUGGAAAAGUCAUGUUGGCGGAAUCAAGACAUACACAAAAGUUAUGUGCGAUCAAAGUGCUAAAGAAGGACUUUAUUGUUGAAAACGACGAGGCAGAAAGUGUCAAAUCAGAAAAACGGGUAUUCCUCACGGCAAAUAAAGAAAUGCACCCAUUUUUGUUAAAUUUACACUGCUGUUUUCAAACCGAAAAUAGAAUUUACUUUGUAAUGGAAUAUAUCUCAGGUGGUGAUUUGAUGUGGCAUAUUCAAAAAAAUAGAUUCAAUGCAAAGAGAGCCAAGUUUUAUGCAUGUGAAGUAUUACUAGGCUUGAAAUACUUUCACGACAAUGGUAUUGUUUACCGUGACCUUAAAUUGGACAAUAUUUUACUUACCACUAAAGGACACAUAAAGAUUGGUGAUUAUGGUUUGUGCAAGGAAAACAUGUGGCAUCAAAGUACCACCUCAACGUUUUGUGGUACCCCUGAGUUUAUGGCUCCGGAAAUUGUUGCAGGAAAGCAAUAUGACAGAUCAGUUGAUUGGUGGGCCUUUGGUGUUUUGUUAUUUCAAAUGCUUUUGUGUCAAUCUCCAUUCAAAGGUGACGAUGAAGACGAUAUUUUUAAUGCCAUAGAACAUGAUGAGGUCAAAUACCCAAUUAGUUUAUCAAGACAAACCGUUUUGGUCUUGCAAGCACUUUUAACUAAAGAUCCUCAACUAAGAUUAGGUAGUGGUGCCAGAGAUGCCGAAGAAAUUAUGGAACAUGCAUAUUUCCAAGACGUCAAUUUCGACGAUGUCUUCCAUUGCCGAGUACCACCUCCUUAUAUUCCAGAAAUACAAUCUGAGCAUGAUUACUCCAAUUUUGAUCAAGAAUUCACUUCCGAAACCCCUAGGUUGACACCAGUAGAGACGGUCUUGACUUCGGAAAUGCAAGAACAAUUUAGAGGCUUUUCUCAUAUUUCCGAUCAAGCUGGAAUUUGA